GCCUUUGUGUGGUUCAAUUCGUGAUCGAAUCAUUUUUCACGCAAGCAGCGGAAGGAAAAGUACCGUCUCAUCCACUAAGAGAAGAACGAAAAUUUAAGUAACGUCGGGAUACUUUUUCGUGAAUCGAAGCGUGCCGAAUGUUUCGGGAAAGAAUAAGUGACAUUUGCAACGAGUGAAAGAACGGUGAAAAGUUGGUUUUAGAAGGAUUUUCCAUCAGGAUUGCAGAAGCGAAGAAGGUCGGUCAAAUUUUCUCAGCCUGUCUGGAUUUAUAAGUUGCGGAAUAAAUAUUGCAUAACUCAAUAGGACGCAUUGCAGGACAUUAAAGACCGGAAUGCACGAGGAAAAACGCGAGACGCAGUACCGAUUGUGAAGAUUUUCAUUUUUCGGCUUGAAACACAGAAGCCGUUGGAAGACGAAAAGUUAGCGCAUUUUGCCUUGGAAUAUUACGCCUCAUCGCAGAAAAAGUGGAAGACCGUCAUCAGAGCAAGCUUCCAUUUUGCUAUUUUGCCUUCUCGCAUUAUUUGACAGUUCGACGACACACGGCAGAAGGAGCUCGUUGGAACGUCAAAGGUUUUGCAUCCCGAGUGGAAAAAGUUCUCCGGCAGCGAGGUGUUGGACAAUCUAUUCGUUUAGAACCGGAUUAUAUUCGUCGACGAGCUGGGAUUUCUUCCGACUGCAGACGGGGGCUUAAACGCCGCUAUGGAUUACGAAAAAACCGUCGAAGCCAUGGACACGCAGGACGAUACAGAGUUAGAUCCCCCGAACGUACAGAAUCUGACAUCGGCAGUGGCAAAUAAUCCGGCCAACGGUGGAGGAGGAGGCACUACCGCGGCUGGUGGUCCAGAGCAGAUGAACAUGGACGAUCAGGAUAAUCUUGAUGAUGAGGUACGCUCAGAAGCGACCUUUAGUUUUAAGGUAGAGAACUUGAGCAAGCUGACCGAUUCGAUCCUCUCGCCUGCCUACUACGUGAGAAACCUGCCUUGGAAGAUCAUGGCCAUGCGGCGAGUUAACGACAACACAUCGCCACCAAGCAAGGGACUUGGAUUUUUCUUGCAGUGCAACGGUGAGAGUGACAGUACAAACUGGAGUUGCUCCGCAUCGGCGGAGUUGCGAUUGCUUUCGGUUAUACCAGGAAAGGAUCCGUUUGUGCGGAAAAUUCGUCACACUUUCAGUCGUAUCGAGAACGAUUGGGGUUUCUCGUUUUUCAUGAACUGGCAGGACAUUCUAAACCCCGAGUCGGGUUACAUUCAGAAUGAUGCCAUUACGCUGGAAGUGCACGUGACUGCUGAACCUCCUCGAGGUAUUUUCUGGGAUUCGAAGAAACAUACCGGUUAUGUAGGGUUGAAAAAUCAAGGAGCCACCUGCUAUAUGAACUCAUUGCUCCAGACGCUAUAUUUCACCAACCAAUUACGCAAGGCGGUCUAUAAGAUGCCGACCGAAGCGGACGAUGACUGCAAAUCGGUCGCUCUUGCCUUGCAGCGAGUAUUCCAUGACUUGCAAACUCAGAGCAAGCCUGUUGGUACCAAGAAGCUAACUAAAAGCUUUGGUUGGGAUGCCCUAGACUCGUUUAUGCAGCAUGACGUUCAGGAGUUUUUGCGUGUCCUUCUUGAUAAGUUAGAAAACAAAAUGAAGGGCACCAGCCUCGAGGGAACCAUUCCCAAAUUUUUCGAGGGUAAAAUGAUAUCGUACAUUAAAUGUCAACACGUGGACUAUACCAGCCGUCGUACCGAAACAUUCUACGAUAUUCAACUAAACAUUAAAGGAAAGAAAAACAUUAAUGAGUCUUUCAAGGAUUACAUCGCUACGGAGAUCCUUGACGAUGAUAACAAGUACGACGCGGGAGAGCACGGUCUGCAAAAGGCGGAGAAAGGAAUCCUGUUCAGCAAGUUUCCGCCCGUUUUGCAUCUGCAUUUGAUGCGUUUCCAGUACGAUCCGAUAACGGACAGUUCGGUGAAGUUCAACGAUCGCUUUGAGUUCGACGAAAAAAUCAAUCUGGAUCCGUUUCUGGAAAAACCGGAGGACACUCCGGCAACGUACAUCUUGCACGCCGUACUGGUGCACUCGGGCGACAACCACGGUGGGCACUAUGUGGUGUACAUUAAUCCGAAAAACGACGGCAAGUGGUGCAAGUUCGAUGACGACGUCGUGUCCCGGUGCACCCGAACCGAGGCCAUCGACCAGAACUACGGCGGCCACGAUAACGACUUGAACAUCCGGCACAGCAGCAAUGCGUACAUGUUGGUGUACGUACGGGAAUCGGUCGUCCAUGAGGUGUUGGAGGAAGUCAAGAGCACUGACAUUUCCAGCGAGCUGCUGGAGCGUUUGGACGAGCAACGGCGCAUCCAGCAGUGCCGCCGUACGGAGCGCACCGAGGCGACCAACUACAUGACCAUCAACGUGCUGCUGGAGGACCACAUGGAGGUGUACCAGCGGUCGGAUCUGUUCGAUCCGGCCACGACAACGUUCAGAACGUUUAAGGUUCGCAAAACGACCACCAUCGCGGAGCUGGCCAGUUUGGCGUCGAAGACGUUCAAAGUCGAUCCGGACAAGAUGCGGAUGUGGACGGUGACGAAGAAUGGUGUUAGGAUACAUAAGUUUCACCUGAUCGAUCCAACCGCUAAUGAAACCUGCAGCAAAUAUGGUUAUCAGGAUCCAAAGAACUCGUGGACUGUGUUUCUGGAGCUGGCUUCCCCCGAAACCAACCAGCUGCAGCCGAUGGAACCGACCGAUCUUCUUAUAUUCUUUAAAUGUUAUGAUCCUAUUGAAAAGCGGCUUAACUAUUGCGGACAUGGGUUUUUCAAAACAAGCCGGGCCCUGUCGGAAGACAGUUUCCAACAGGAAUGCAUCAGACGGGCACACUUUGAGCCGGACACGGAAGUUACACUGUACGAGGUAACCGAUAUUAACAAAGCAGUCAAAAUGCUCGACCAUCUUGCGAUUGAGUCGGCUUUGACUCUAGCUAUCAACGGAUCGAUAAUUAUUAUUGAAAAGCGAAGUCCAGGAGUAGAAAAUUUAGAGUUUCCGACCUGCGAGGAGUAUCUAAAGGAUCUAUACUGCCGGGUCGAGGUGGUCUUUGUGGAUACGUUAAACCCGAAUGAUACCGGCUUUACUCUAGAUUUGUCGUCGGAGUCAAACUAUGACCAAAUUGCGAAGGCAUGCGGCAAGCGGAUUAAUUGCAACCCAUACGAGAUACAAUUUUUCAAGUGUAAAAACUUUAGCGAUGUGCCCGGACAGCCUCUCCAGCACAAUUAUACUGGCACGCUGAAGGAUAUUCUAUGUUACACGAAAGCGAAGUCGCCGAAAAAAUUGUUCUACCAGAAGUUGUCGAUCUGUAUCAACGAGCUGGAGAAUAAAAAGCAGUUCCGCUGUUUGUAUCUGAUGCCGAAUCUGAAGGAGGAGAAAGAAUUGAUUCUGUAUCCCAACAAAGACGGCACAGUUCACAAUCUGCUGGCAGAGGCGGCCAAAGUUAUUGAGUUCAGCGAAAAUAGUACUAAGAUACUAAGAAUAUCGGAGCUUUCGAAGAAUCGGCUGGCACCCGGGCCCCCCAAGGACACUCCACUGGAUCAGUUGCACGACUACACAGAUAACACAUUUGUGCAGCGAACAGCGAUCAGUAACCAGAAGAUGUACCGUAUCGAAGAAGUUGCCGAGGAUGAAGUAAAUUUGUCGGAGAACGAAAUGCUCGUCCCAGUGCUGCAUUUCACCAAGGACAUUGGAAGCAUUUUCGGGAUACCCUUCUUCAUCCGAACGGUGCAUCAUGAAACUUUCGCCACCCUCAAGGAGCGCAUGAAGAAGAAACUAAACGUUUCGGAUAAGGAAUGGGAAAAAUACAAGCUAGCCAUUAUCACCGAACACAUCGAUUACAUCGACGAGGAAACGAUUGAGAUCAAUCUGGAUAUGUUCAAGACGGACCCGAGCGAGCCCAGCUCGCGGACUUAUCUCGGUUUGGAACACAUCAACAAAAAUACCAAGCGAAGCAGGUUUAACUACAUGGAGAAAGCGAUCAAAAUAUACAAUUAGGAUUUCCUGCUUCCUCUUGAUCCUCAGUUAAACGCAUUCUCUCCCCAGUUCGUUACUAAAUCCUUGCGUUACGUUCGAGGGUAAAUUCUCGUUUCGCCGAAAGUCGCGCUUUUGUUCCUUCCUCGUCCGCAGCAAUCGCGAACCACCAUUUUUCGAUGAACAGCAGAAACAAUUUUUAUUAUUGCCUAGUAGUUUUAAUGAAUUAUUUAAUUGUUGUAUACAAAACAAACAGCAAAAAUUCAGAAUAUAUGCCAGGUCACGUUUCAAACAAAAAAAAAAGUAAAAUCUAAAAUCAGCAAGGUUAGAAAGUGAAUGAUUAAAGCUGUUAUUAAUUUUUAUAUUAAAGUUUUCUUUUAUAUCGACAAGCUUAACGUGUAAAAGGCUUGGAAAUUAUGGAAUUUAAUCGAUAGUGAUGAAUAUAAAUAUAGUGAUCAACGGGAGCCGUUGAUUGUGCAGGUAUUUUUGACCUACCCCAACAAUGCGAAGAUAAUUUGUUUUUAUUGGCUUCUACGUUUGACGUUGAUGGCGACUUUUUUUUGACCACGAUGACGCUUGUUUCCUGCUUUGUCCUUCCUAAAUAAUCUCUUUCGUUUUACUCUGCUGCUCCGUUUUGUUGUUUUCGGAAUGAAGCGUUCUAACUGUCUUUAUCGGAAAUAAUAAAAAAAAAAAAAAUAACAAAAAACAAAAGUGGUUAAACGCGAAAAGAGAAGAAGUUAAGGCAAACCGAUUAUUUAUAUUUAAAUAUUAAAACAAUGAAAGGUUAAACAAUUAAGACUAUAGUUAUAAAUGCCGCUAACUGCAAGAGUAAAUAAUAACUAUUACAAGCUCGGCUAGCAAAUCCAAGAUAAAAAUAUAUAUGCUGAGAGAUGCGAAAUCACUGACUGUGGAAGAAAGCCUGAUGAAAUAUUAUCUACUUAUCAAACUCAACCUGGAAGAGAAACAACUAGACAUCCAAAUCUGUUCGAUUUUUUCCGAUUAUUUUUUUCAAUUCGAUACAAAGACAAACAACCACUUCUCUCCUCUCUGCUGCCGCUACUUUUAAACAACAGCAAUGGGAGCAAUGGGAAAUGGUGCGAAGGCGGCCGCUGUGCCGGCUGCCGGAGGUAGUUCCGUGGUGAUAAUCGAAAGAGGACAACUGUUGUGUAGAAAUUGUAUUCCCGUAUAGUAGAACAAGUGCAACACUUUUAGGUCAUUUGCGCAAGAACACGCAGAAUAGAUAGGAGACAGAGAUGGGGCUGCGGUUUGUGUGUGUGGACUGAGCGAAGCUUUUCGGUAUACCAACACGACCGCCGUCUCACACACAUACACAUAGCCGCAUGAAACAGACACCCUCUGGGUUAACAGCAGCCAGAAAAAAGCAAGAACCAGUAUAAUAUUGAAUCAUGCAAACAAAACGGAAAUACUUCGUGUAUCAUGAAAGAGAAUGAGAAGAGAGAGCUGUUGAAAGUAAGAAAUAGAGGAUGGAAGGAGCUAAUUGUAAUAAAACAGAAAAAAAUUAUAAAAA